AUGUCGGAUAUUGAAGAAGAGGAAGUUGGGGAAGAGAGGGAUGAAGACGUCGAUGUGAUCGGGGAAUAUGAAGGACAAAGAAAUGAAAAAUGCCAACGUCACGGAAUUGGAAGAGCCCUGUUGCCCAACAAGGACUACUACGAAGGGCGGUACAAUCAAGGUUUAAGGCAUGGCCUGGGUCUGUACAUAUUUAAAAAUGGCGCUCGUUAUAACGGUCGAUAUUCAAAAGGAAAAAAAGAUGGAAUAGGGAUCUUCAUAUACCCUGAUGGAACCAAGUACGAAGGAGAAUGGAAAGAUGACGAAAGGCACGGCUACGGUAUAUACCACUACGCUAAUGGAGACUUUUAUGAAGGGCAAUGGCGUAAAGGAGUCAAAGAAGGACUGGGAUGUUAUUAUUUCAAAGAAACGGGGGCAAAAUAUUUGGGUCUUUGGAUGGAAGGCAAGAUGAACGGGCAAGGGCAGCAAGUGACCAAAAAUUACAGAUACCACGGCACCUGGGUCGACAACUUACCGUAUGGAAAAGGAUGUUUCUCUUUUUCCGAAACUAAAGUGAUUCAACAUGGAUUUUAUUUAAACAUUAUGGGAUCUGAUAUCGACCAAGGUGGUCUCGAUGAGGAAGAAGAAAUGACCAUACAUCCUGUCUGGAGACCAAGAGAUAUAACUCUUUUUUCUGCGUCUCAACUUCCAACAGAACCGAAACCUUUGGAAUACCCUUCAGAUGUUUCAAGAAGUCCCUCUCCUGAGCCCACACCACCGCCCUCUGUUGAUGUCUAUGAGAAAGAUUUUUUCAAAGACAUUGCUCAAUAUGAUAAAUACUAUCAAGACGAGAAAUUGAUGUGGCAAACCGACAAGUGGGACACAGAAAUUUUGGAAGAACUAAAGAAAAGAGCAGAGCAUCAUCAUAUGAGCGAGGAAGAAGAGUUCAUGCAUGAAGGUACAUUAUUUAUGUAUUCCAUUGAAUUUAACAAUUUUUUUCUUUUAUAA